AUGGAGUCACGAAGCGACAACGACGACAUCGAUGCCUUUGUCGAUCGUUUCGAGCGCUCGUUGUGUCUAAUAAACGACGACAUCGACGGCGCGUACGAAGAAGCAACGACGUCAAAGUUGCUUUCGGAGACGCAACGAACGAUUGAGUCUUGCGGAUGGACUCCGCGUUCUAUGCGCCUCGACGAUGGCGACGGGUGGCGAACCAUGACGACCGAUGCGUUUGAUCGCGCACUCGCGGCUCUUUUACGCGCGCGCGCGCGGACGAAGAGCGAGUCGACGUUGAGAUUGUGGUGGUUAUCUGUGCUUGAAAUUACGAGCGCGAGAGGAGUGAAGAGUGCGAAUGAUAGUUCUAAGAAAAGUGACGCGUUGGAAGAAUUGUGUAGAACGCUCGUGGAUGAUGUCGCGAGAUUAGCGGCUUCGAAACAAGCGCCGGAUCGAGAGCGAUGGGGAGAAAUUAUGGAAGAGCUCGCGCUGACGACCCCUGACGUGGCGACGCGAGAAGAGACGCUUGCGUUGGCGAUGCGCGCGUUAUACGCGAUUGCGCCUGAUGUGGUGCUAAACUGUGCGAGAGAAGCGCUGAAAUCUAGACAAUCUCAGGCUACUCGCGAAGCGGUGUAUUGGUUGCUUUUUGCUUUGAGCGCGGUGGAUCCCGUCGCGGAUGACGCAUGCACGCAGUUGCUGCGAUUAGUGGUGGAGUUUUCUCCAAUGAAAUGGGCACCUUCGUACAGAAAGAGUGAUUUCAGGCACUCUCUGUCGACAACAUUAACGGUGGUGACCACUCGAUAUCUCUCGCGUGGUAGACCGUCGCCAGGAAGUGUGGACGUGGCCGUUGUGAACAAGGUACUCGCUGAAGUCGUGAAGUGGUCGAACGAAAAUGAGAAAAAGCACAACACAGCGGGAUUACCUCUUCGUGCAAUUCUUAUAGGAUUGGGAUUGACACAAGAAGUAAUCUCAGCUGAUGCGAUACCGAUAUGGCGACUCCUCCUCGAGAGUAGGGUCAAGGCUGGCAUUGAGCAAAAAAUGAAGAUUUCGAGUUUGCUCGCGGCGAUUCGAGGCGUCGUCAUGGGCAUCUCAGACCAGCAUAUCACUGUCAUGGAAUGCGCAAAGCAGAGUUUGAGUGCGUGUAUUUCAGCGAUCAAAUAUGGCAGCGGCUCGGAGGAUAUCGAGCGUCCGCUUGCUCUAGCUAAUUGUGUCAUGGCAAUUCACGGCGUCAAUCCGGUGGAGGGCUCAAACGUUCUCAAAAUGUUCCUUGACGAAACGGACGAGUCUAUACGUGCUGCUUCCUGUAUCUCGUGCGCCAAAAUGACUCAAGAAAUGAGCGCCGACGAAGUACGCUCAAGUUCUUUUCUUUGCGAGUACGUUGACGGAGUGUUGCCAAAAUACCUGACCGGCUUGUCGGCUUCGGCUUCAGCUGCGACGAUAGCGGGGGCACUGCAGUGCUCGAAGUUCACCAGCCCAAAAUAUAUUGCGCCGUCAUCGGUGGAAUUCGCGUGCUCUUGGGUUAAAAGUGACUCUGUCGCGGUUCGUAAUGCCGUAGAAGAAUAUUUGCUGCACGUCAUAAGGUCCAAUGUCAGCCUGCGCAACGCAACGCUUCAGGCGGUUGCGUCGGCUGUGUUGAACAUGAGAGACUUUGCGCCCGCUGCUCGGUUAUCGGCGAUCAACGUUCUCGUGGGUGUUUGCAAAAUUUGGCAAGAUUGUUUACAAAACGGCGCAAAUAGUAAAUGUGAGUGUAGCGACGAGCGCGCAGAGGCGGCAGCUCUUCUACUGGUUUGCGAUGCAGACUUUUCAGUGCGCACUGGCGCUGUUCAAGCACUGCGAGAAAUUUCCAACCUGCGCGAACGCGUAGACUCGAUGAAUGGAGACAAUGCCACGUCGCGUGCGGCCCUCUAUCCAGUACUACAAAAGUAUUUAAACAUCACUGAUAUUCCGACUCUCAUCAGGGAAAUCAGCCGAACGACAGCGCUUGAGUGUGCCGCCGUCCAUACGACAACGCACGCGCAAGCGUAUCAACGAAUUCAAGCGAUGAUGGUCGCCGAGGGAGACGGCAAACUCUUGGUCGUCCCAGUCAAGCCGUCCGAGUAUAGGUACAACUUAUGGCAAAACUAUAUGCUGUUCGUUUGUUCCACCGAUGGCGCGGCUGGCGGCGGCGGCGGGCUUGAUGCACGACAAGUCGUCACGAUCGGCCAACGGGGUUCUCUUGCGGGAUUGUUGCAAACUGUGAUUCCGCGAUUGGGUCAAUCCAAUGUUGAAGUCGACGCUAUCAUGCGACUUUUCCAGCUCGUGCCUGCACAAUCAAAAGCGACAAUUUUGAGUGCACUGCUUCCGUUACAAAGCGGAUUGAUGAGAUACACGCUCAUGAGGCGAAAGCGUCGAGAAGACUUGAACAUGGUCAUCCGCUUCGGGGAACUGUACCAAGACUACGCGUUGCAUGGUGUCUUCGCGUCCACCGCUGAUGCGACAAAGAAUUUAAAUGCAGCUAUCGAUUUCGUGUUGAUGGUUUGUUCCUACUUGAAAACGAAUGCAAAAGCAGAGUGUUCGCCUACUGAGAUAAUUCAGCUCAGGUUUUCGGCAGCCGCAAUUAUCGGUGCAGUGCUCACAGAUGCGGAGAAGGUGCGGGCACUACCCGUGGUGACGCAUGCUGAAUUAUGGGACAACUUUUACGCGUGGCAAGAGUCGCCAAAUCCGAAGGCAUUGGAUGAGAGUGGCGAUUCAACUUCACGUAUGCAUGUGCAAACGCUCAUCGAUGACCUCGCACGCGAUCACACGCGAAAACCCACCGAGAGAGACGUUGGUUUUGCAUCAAGGGAAGCGCUGGCGGCGCUGAGUCUCAGCGAGCACUUUACGCGAGAAUCGGCGAAGAAGAUUUUCGAUUGGGUGAACCGUCUCGCUGAGCUUGGUGACAGUAAGAGUCUAGAACUCUCCAAAAGAGUAGUCGUUGAAAUGCUGCGUUCGACUACGUCGGUAUUCGAAGCAUCUUUGGACUUUUGCUACUCCGCGUCGGCGACGGUGUCUCGCAUGUACGUUGUUAUUCUCGCCGAAAUGAGCGAUGCAGUUGUGGACAAUCUUUCCUGUCCUCAACUAAUUUCGUUGGUGCUUUACAUGACGAUGCACGAAGACGACGCAAUUCGAUCCGCAGCAGGAGUUUUGUUGCGCGCCGUGAAUCGAGAGUGCGGAUUGAUCGAUGGCCAUCUCCCCUUGCAAAUAGAUAACAAAGCGCAGCUUAUUGAAGAAUGCGAGCGUCUCGUCAAGACGGAUACACAGCAAAUUGAAGACGUUCUUCUCGAGGUUUGGAAACGACAACUUAACAAAGCCAAGCAAAUGAAGAGUGACUCCAAUCCAAGUCACCUUUCUGCAUGCUUAGUUCCGUGGAUAUCGGCUCUACACCUACCGCAUUUAGUCGCCGCUGGCAAAGCCGAUGAAGUCUUGCUUGGUUUGUACAACGUGAUGACGCACUCAGAUGAGAGCACUUGGGCAGAGUUGGGAGAGCUUUGGUCGGCGAUCGGUGUUCAAGCGAGAAACAUAGCACCCACACUACGAUUUCUUCAAGAGAGAACGAUCACAUCGACUGAUCGAGACGCGAUAUCUUUCCGCGCGGCGAAAGCUGCGUGUGGUUGGAUCGCGCGGACGUCACCACAACAAGUCAUCGAUCAGUUGGUUUACACAAUUUCUUUCCGCGCAUUGGAGUCGGACGAUAGCGAUGCCACGAAGCCACUUCCACAAGAUUCUGCGACGUCGAAAAUCUCUUCGGCUGAUGUCGGAAUCAUACUUCUAUCUGAGCUCGCGUUGGACCACCGCGAGGACUUCAGGUUUCAUUUACCCGUGCUCGCGCACGCCGUCGUGGUGACUCUCAUAGUCACACAUGAGCAAACAGUGCGAGAGCAUUGCGGUGAGUUGCUCUGUAACCUGGCGAUGGGUCAAACGAGUGAGAUACGUGCGCUUAAGAAAAAGAGCCCGGCCUAUCGUUUGGGGAAACUGUUUGUGGACGACAGCUCGCAAGCAUGGACAUCGGGUAAAAUCAGAACUCUCAUCAACACGUUGCCGCAUGCGAUUGAUUUGGAUGAAAAUUUGCCUCAACGUUGGGCAAACGAAGCUCGAAGAUGGAUCUUGCGAUCACCGUCGUUUUCGUUGGCGUGCGCUUCGGCCGAAACGCUGAUGUCGCUCAACGUUCCUCUUGACGACGAAGCGUUUGAGGCGCUUUUAGCGGCAACGUGCAUGUGUGCCUCGAUGUCUGGUGAAGUCGAAGAUCAGAGGAAUAAUGAAAUGUCGAAAAAACUCACGCAACACUUGUUGAAAACGCUCGGUGCGUCUUUGUGUGACAUGAGUGCGCAUGCGACGUUGAUGUACACGCAAGUUUUCUGGUGCGGGGCAAUGUGCUUGAGGACGAUGGACGUCUCGCUGUACUCUUCCGCUCUUGAUUUAUCGUAUUUGUUCCUUUACAAGACUUUAGAUCACUCUACGAUGGCGUUUGACGUCAUCACUUCGUGUGCGCCUCUACCUCGAGGUUCUUUUUAUCCCGACAUCCCCAUGGUGGAAACGUACGAGGAAUUGCUCUCCAUUGUUCCUGCAAAAAUGCCCAGCCCGGAGAUCUCCUGGGCCGAUUUCGUCUUGCUCGUGAUCAAAGGGUUGUUCCAAAGGGAAACGUUCGUGCGUGCCAUACGUGUACUGGCUAUGCUUGUGCCUUACUUACCUGAUCACGACCGAUGGAAUGGCCUUCAAUUGAACGUUUUGAUCUCGUAUGCCUUGAUUCCGCUCGCCCUCGUUGCGGUUGAAGUUGAAUCGUCCGCGGUGAUCGGGGAUUCAGAGGCGCGAGCGAUCGCCCAUCGGUUAGCGCAAGGGUUACAUGGUGAUGAACCAGACCUUGCAAAGGCGCUGGCGAAGUUUGCGUCUAUUAAACACGAUCCUCGAGGAGAGUUUUUGGCGAGCGAGUUUGCGGCGACGAUGGCUCGCCGGCAGUCCAACGCGGCGCACUUGCCGGCACACUGCUUACGCGAAUUUUCGCUGUGUUCGGACUCAGCGACGGCAAAGAAGAUCCUUCAAAUCUUAUCCAAGGCUCCCAAAGCUUCAAAGUCAUUCAAUAGAGACUUUUCUGGCUCAUGGUCGGCAGAUUCGGCUUCAACCAUCGCCGCCGCGUCGUACGGCGUGCUCCUGAGCGCUCGAUUGGAGACCGACAACAAGGGUGCCGUUCCAUCGUGUCUAGAGUACUAG